GAUGGGUACAAGAUUGGUUCUCAGGUACAAGAUUGGUUCUCGGGUACAAAACUUUUCUUAAUCCAUCAACAGUUGUUUUGUUUGAUUUAGAACCGGUUAACUAAAUAUAAUAAAUUUUUGAUUUUGUUUGAUCGUUUUUACUCUAAGGUGUCAACCAUUUGCAUUAUCUUUAUCUAUACGUUUAGAACUUAAGGAUCUGUGUUAUUUAUACUGACUUCUAUGUAUUAUGAUAUUAACAAUGUUUAGAACAACACCGGCUCUAUCCGCUAAAAAGCGAAAAGCAAAACGCAACAUAACAUCUGAUGUCUGCCUAAUCUUUAUAUAUAAAGAAGAAGAUUGUCAAUGGGUUCAUCUCAAAUCACGGCUCAUGAAAUGGAUAUGGUCACUCAAAACCACCACCAAAACAACAAUUGCGACGAGAUCAGUGGUGAAAUUCGAGGAUGGGUAUUCAGUGGAGACGGUCUUCGACGGGAGCAAACUCGGUAUUGAACCUUAUGCGGUUGAGGUCUUGCCUAACGGCGAGCUGCUUGUUCUUGAUUAUGAGAACAGUAACAUCUACAAGAUCUCAUCUUCUCUUUCCCUAUGUGGCCAUGCCCCUUCUUUGAUUCGUCAUCACCUUGUGCCCAUUUGUGGUUGAUGAUGCAUGUACGUUGCUUUGGAAUUUUUGCAUUGAUCGUGAAGUUGAAGUACAUGUUAAUGUUUCUCAGAAGAACCAUAGUUAUAAAUAACAUAUAUACUCAGAAUGUUUAUAGUACACAGUACAAAAGAAAAAUGUUACAAAUCUCUUAGUUGAUUUUGAAAUAUUAAAAUGGCAAACCAUUCUGAGAAAUGCACUUUUAAAUUAUUUUACGACUUUGGAUUGAUCCACAUUCCUCUAGAGAUGCAGAUAGAAGCUUCAUAAGGAAAACCGAAACAACUCUCCCUGGCUCUUGCAAGUUGAUGCCAGACUAAUGUCGUUGUUUGGUGAAACUCUAAAUUAUGUUAUGUACAUAAGAUAUGAACCUGUGUUCAUUGUGGGAUAAAGUUAACAUAAGAUAACUUAACCUGAAUAGAAUUGAGAGUAUGUGACCUCCAGUUUCCGGCAUCAUGGUUCUUUUGCGUUGUUGUCUUUAAAUACGUUUGUGCAGAUUGCAGAGUCACUGCCUCAAAUCUGCUUCUUAUUUGGUUUGACGGGGGGGAAGAGAUGAUGGAGCUCAUUGAUGCAUUUCCAAAACCUCUAUAUGUAUGUAAAAGUCGUAUCAAGAAAAAAAGAAAAAGAAAAAUAAGAAUGGAUCAUUUCUUUUAAAGAUGAGUACAUUGUAUAAUAUUUAGUAACUGAUUCUAACGAUCAAUCAACUGUACCACCUUUACACAAUGCCAUGCCAGCUUCACUUUCAGCU